CCGCGGCUCUCUCCUGCAGGCUCGCUGCCGCGACCACCCGAGUCCGGAGGGGCCCCGCGCGCCCCGCGUGCGGCUCCGCAGUGAGCCCCCCGACAAGCGGCCGCUGGAGGCAGGAGGCACCGACAUGGGGCUGAAGCUGUCCUGUCUGAAAGGCUUUAAAAUGUGUGUCAGCAGCAGCAGCAGCCACGACGAGGCCCCCGUCCUGAACGACAAGCACCUGGAUGUGCCCAACAUCAUCAUCACCCCCCCGACUCCUACGGGCAUGAUGCUGCCGAGGGACUCCAGGAGGACAGUCUGGCUGGAAGAGACGGGGUCAUGUCCGGAGGAUGGAGAAAUAGACCCUGAAGCCUGAGAAGGAAGCACAGGUCUUGGAUCUGUUGGCUCCGGCUCCGGCUCUGGCCAUCCCUCGUUCCACGUGUCGCCAGGGGGGCGUCGCCGCCUGGGACAGAAGUGCUGAGUACGCCGGAUGGGAGCGUGGUUUCGGCACUGGACCAGGAGACGUGGGGCAAGAUGAGCAAGCGACCAGCCCUGCGUGCUGGCAGAGUGAUGUUUCCCUGGCCCCAUCGGUGGACGGACCUCUGAUGCCUACACAUCCUUGCUGACCCCAGGGCCAUGGCGGUGGCCCUCAGGGUGCCAGGGAGAGGCUUUCUUCUGGACACACACACUCCCUGCACCCUGGACCAUGCCGAUGGUGCCCAGGAGAUCAACACACACAGGAACUUCUUGCAAAGAAGUGGCUACAUUUUUUUACAAGUUGUUUUACAGAUCUCAAAGCAGUCCAAAUGUGAUUUAUAAUUUUUUUUUUUUUUUUUUGCAUUAUCAAUAAAGAUCCUCUGUAACGAA